UGUGUUGUGGCGUGCUGGGUGCUGGGUGUUGGCCGUAUGUCCAGCAGUGGCGCCUGAAGCUCUUUCAGGGCGAGACCCCUUAGGCAAAGUCCACAGUAGUGCCCAGGGCUAACAGAGCAGGGAAUCGCGCAAGCAGGAAAGAGGAUCUAGGUCCGCUGCGGGCCUGCUGGGGAAAGCCGCCAUGAUGAUGGAAUCAAGCUCCAACGGGAGCACGGUUGCCAAUGCUGCUGCCGCUGCCCUUGGCCAAGACGGACCAAUUGCCAUAGACGUGGAUGGCAUGAUGUGCCAAAACAACUGCGGCAGCACCGUGAAAAGGGCGAUCGAGGCGGUGCCGGGGGUAUCUCGCGCCGAGGUAUCCUUCGCCGCUCGACGCGCAUGGGCCUGGCUUUCUCCCUCUUCCUCCAGCAACACAGCGGGGCAGCGACAACAAUAUCACGCCGCCCUUGGCAGCAGCCUCGACGAUGUUGCCGGUAACGGCGGCGCAACCAAGGGCUCCGAAGAGGAACAAGUAGGAGGUAAUUCCGCCGCCGUUUGUGCGGAGAUCCUGGAGGCCGUGGAGGCCGUGGGUUUCGGCGCCGAGGCGUCACCCGACGUCGAGCUCCUGGUCGGGGGCAUGAUGUGCCAGAGGAACUGCGGGACGACGGUGAAGAACGCUCUCCUGGCCGCCUCCCCGAGCGUCGCCAGAGCGGAGGCAUCCUUCGAGGAGGGGCGCGGGAGGAUCUGGAUCCGAGCCGCGGCGUCAGGGUUGGGUGGACCGGAGGUAGGCGGCGGCCUCGUCGCCGGCGACAAGGAAGCGGACGGUGGCGGUGGCGGCGGUGCUUGUGGUGGUGUCGGCUGUUUACCGGAAGCAUCGUUGUCGUCGGAUGAGUCCUCUGCCGUCGCUCGACUGGCGGUGGAGGCGCUCGAAGCGGUGGGGUUCGACGCCAGCUUGGCCCCGUCGGCGGUGCUGGAGAUCGAGGGUAUGAUGUGCCAGAAGAGCUGCGGCACCACGGUGCACGGAUGCUUGGAGGCCGUCCCCGGGGUCGAUCGCGCCGAGGUUUCCUACGCGGAUGGCCGGCUCGCGAGGGUCUGGGCACGGGACGGCCCCAGGCUCCCGGUAUCCGUGCUGGUAGAAGCGGUGGAAGAUGUGGGCUUCGGCGCACGAGUGGUGAGGGGCCCCGCAGAGAAGAACGGGGGUAGUGGUACCCCCCCGGCUGCGGAGGAAAAGCGACCAUCGGGGGUCGGCGGUGGGGCAGGAGAGGCGGACACCAAGCUGCCGAAAGUGCUCCUUGGGAAGGAGGGAGGUGCUCGGGGUGGAGAGGUGGCGGUCGGGGUGUUUUCGGUGUCCGGUAUGUCGUGCGCGUCGUGCGUCGGCAACGUGGAGAAGUUUGUUUCCGCCCUGGACGGUGUGGACGACGUUCGCGUCGCGCUAUUGGCGGAAAAGGCGGAAGUACGCUUCGAUCCGCGUACCACGAACGGACAGGAGCUAGCGGACGGCAUUACCGGCCUGGGUUACCCCACACGACACCUCAGCAGCACCGUCUUGACCGGCGACGGGGCCGCAGGCGGCAAGGACGUGCCAGGCGCCAGCGACAUCACCCUGGAGGUCUUCGGCGUGUCAGGGCCUGAGAGCGUUUCUAACCUGGAGGAGACCGUGUUAGCGCUUCCGGGAGUAGCCUCCUGCAAGAUAACUCCCCCUUUCACCACCGGGGCGGGCGACGGCGGCACACCCAGGGGCGGCUCUUACAAAGGAAGCGGCGGCUUUCCCGCCUACGUCCUCACGGCCACUCGACACGCACCGCGGAAUCCUGCGCGAAACAAGGCCACCGGUGCCCGGCGAGAAGGGCCCAGCGGUGGCGAUAAACUGGCCGCCGACGUCAGCCUGGCUCUGGAGGGAGGGGACGGUGGUCGCUUGUCCCCGGCUUCGGGCUCGGCCGACGAGCUUGGUGGUGGCUGCAAAAGCGCCGGCAGUGACGAUGCUGUGUGGGACGCUUUGCGGUCGGCGUUUCACUCGAGCGGUCGCCGAAGGCACGCGGGGGUGCGAGACGUCUUGGAGGCCGUGGGGGGGUUGGGGUACGAGGCCAGGGCGAUCGCGGAAGGCGGGGGAGGUACCGACGCGAACUCCAUGCAGGCGGCUCAGGCAGCGGAGGUGGCGGAAUGGAGGCGUUUGCUGCUUCUGGCGGUGGGAUUCACGGUCCCCGUCAUGAUCCUGCACAUGGUGGACCACGCAGACGGCUCCGACGCCCUGUGCGGGGGCGAAGCUUCGUACGGCACCCUUCUGUCGUUGGUGUUGGUGACGGUCGUCCAAGCAGUCGUCGGGAAACGGUUCUAUCGCAACGCCUACAAGUCGGCGAAGCACUGGAGCUUCGGCAUGGACAUGCUGGUCGUGGUGGGGACGUCGGUGUCUUACCUGUACAGCAGCCUGGCCUUGCUGUUGGCGUGCUCCCUGCCGGGGGACCAAGGGGAUCAUCGCCCCCACCUUUUUUUGGAGUCACCCGCGAUGCUGCUGACCUUCAUUACUCUGGGAAAAUUCCUGGAGGUGCUGGCAAAGCGCAAGACGUCGCAGGCGCUGGUUCUCCUGCUGAGCGCGCAGCCACACCAUGCGGUGUUGAUCGAGCCGCUACGGGAGGACGAGCUGCCCCCCUCGCGAACACCCACCUUCGAAGGAAGCCUCGGAGAUACCGAGGCUGCAGUAGUUGUUGUCGAAGGCUUUAGUAAAGACGACGACGACGAGGAGAAGUGGAGAGCCAUGAGGGCGAUGGGGUGGAGAGAGACGAGCGUCGAAGCGUCGCUGGUGCAGCCGGGGGAUGUCUUAAGAGUGCUACCGGGAUCACAGUUCCCAACGGACGGCACUCUGCUGUCGGGGCAGACUUACGUGGACGAGAGCAUGAUCACCGGGGAGAGCAGCCCCGUGGCGAAGUGCAAGGGGGAUGCCGUGUGUGGGGGCACCGCGAAUCAGCACGGUUCUGUGCUCAUGCGGGCGGAGCGCGUGGGCCAGGAGACGAUGCUGGCGCAGCUUUGCCGGCUCGUCGAAGAAGCACAGAUGUCGAAGGCCCCCAUCCAGAGGCAGGCAGACCGAGUCGCCGGUGUCUUCGUCCCCGCCGUCAUUUGCGCCAGCGUGGCAACCUUCCUAGGGUGGUUUAUCGCCGGAGAGGCUGGCCUCCUACCCGAGGACUGGUUGGCAGAGGAGCGGUCGGACAGCUUCCUGUUUGCCCUGCUGUUCGGCGUCAGCGUUGUCGUCGUCGCCUGCCCCUGCGCCCUGGGCCUGGCGACGCCCACCGCCGUCAUGGUUGGUACCGGCGUCGGUGCCGGCAACGGGGUGCUGAUCAAGGGAGGGGCGGCCCUUGAGGCGGCGCACCGGGUGAAUACGGUGGUCUUCGACAAGACGGGGACCCUGACGCGAGGGAAGCCUUUCCUGACGGACGUGGUUCCGAUACGGUCCCCAACUCUCGACCGUCUCCUGGCCCCCGCCGCCUCACCGGCCGACACCGCUGCUGGCGAAGCAGCAGCACCAGCGGCACCAGCGGCACCAGCGGCACCAGCGGCACCAGCAUCAGGUUUAGGAGCGUCUCCUUCCGCCGCCGACGCGACUGCUUCGGCCGCUGCUUCCGCCGCAGCCGCCACCGCCACCGCCACCGUCCUCGCCCUUGCCGCCGCGUGUGAGGCGUACAGCGAGCACCCGGUCGGGCGCGCGAUCGUUAAGGCGGCGGCAGAGGACAUCGGCUGUGAUGCCGCCGGUAUGACCACGGAGCAGCAGCAGCAGCCGCCGCCGCCGCCGCCGCCGCCGCCGCAGCAGCAGCAGCAGCGGUAUCGCCAGCCUCUGUCGCCGCUGCCGGAGACGAGGACGAGUUCGACGGCGACGGAGGUGACCACCGACUUUGUGUCGGAGCCCGGGUGCGGCGUGGCAUGCCAGCACCCCGUGGGUCGUGUAUGCGUGGGCACGCGGGGCUGGGCCGAGUCGAACGGACGGAAUGCUGGCAAGAUCGGCGUAAUUGUUGGCAAUGGUGACGGCAAGAGGGAGACUCUGGAGGAGGCGGACAGGAUCAUGAAAGGCCUGGAAGAGGAGGGGAAGACCGCGGUCAUUGUAACUGUCGACGGAGAGGCAGUCGGGGUGGUGGCCGUUGCCGACACGGACAAGGAGGAAUCACGCCGUGCCGUGCUGGCUCUUGGCCGGAUGGGGCUGGACGUGUGGGUGUUGACGGGAGACAACCGCAGGGUGGCCACAGCGCUGGCGAGGAGGCUGGGAAUCGCACCAGAGAGGGUGAUGGCGGAGGUGCUCCCGGCGGGCAAGGCUCGAAAGGUGCAAGAGCUCCAGCUAGCGGGGGGCCACGUUGCGAUGGUGGGGGACGGAGUCAACGACGCCCCCGCCCUGGCCACCGCCGACGUCGGGAUCGCCGUUGGCGCCGGGACACAGGUGGCCAUGGAGGCGGCCGACAUGGUCCUCGUUCGCUCGGACGUGUGCGACGUGGUGUCAGCACUGCACCUUGGCCGGAAGGUGUUUGGCCGCAUCCGGCUGAACUUCGUGCUUGCCAUGCUCUACAACCUGUGCGGGGUGCCGAUUGCUGCGGGAGUGCUCUACCCCUUCUUGCAUAUCAGGCUCCCCCCGGCCCUCGCCGGCCUGUCCAUGGCGCUGUCGUCGAUAUCGGUGGUGCUGUCGUCGCUGGCCUUACGGUUCUACAAGAAGCCGGAGAUCGACGACGAGGGACGGCUUUGGCAGCGCAGCGCCGCGGCUACCGGCCUCGAGGUCGUCUCCGGUUGCUACGGCGGCGUCCGGCACUUGGCUCGAGGUCGGCGUUCCUUUUCCGGUGGUCAGGGCUUUCGGUUUCAUGUCGUUCCCGACGAAGUGGACUACGAUGAUGACGAUAUCGAGAUGCAGCCGCGUGGUGGUAGGGGAAGCGGCAACAUCAGCACCGCCAGCAGCGGCAGCAGCGGCGUUGUUGGCGCGUGCAGAAGGUGGUCGGUGCUGUCUUCUAUCAAGAAGGGCUCCGUGAUCGAUUCUGCACCUGUCUUCGCCACCCGGGGAGCGGGUAGAAGGUCGUCAGCGCAAUCGGCAGCGGUGGGACCCUACGCGCUUGUGCGAUCUCACAGCAGAGGCGGGAGCGUGACGUCGACAAGCAGCGUUUUGGGUCUCAUGGACCGGGGGAAGGGGGAUGGAGGUGUAGAAAUGAUGGGGUUCGUGUGAAAGGACAGUACCGCUGAUGUCCUGAUGAGAGUGUUGCACGGCAACUAGUCGACCAGCAGACGAGGAUUCCGUCGGUCUUGGGGGAGGCGUUUUGUCCUUGUCCUUGUGCAGGGUUCGUGUAUGACGGGGCUGCUGUGCCUUUACGGUCCUGAUGAGCGUGCUGUUGCGUGGCACCCACUCGGCUAGCAGAUGAGAGUAAGUGGGUCUUGAGCGGAACUUUGUGUGCGAAUCGUAUGUGUGUGUGUGCCGGGUCGCGUUGCUUUGUGUGCGCGUUCUGCGGGCACCCCAGACACGCUAUCCUACCGUCUGGCGUGUCGGAAGACUCUUUUCGUCGUGUGCGUGUUGUGUGAGACGUUGUUUGUUGUUUGUCUCAGCACCGUAGACGUUGGUUGACCGUAUGGCGAUUUUAUCCUGAGUGUCUACUUUGAACGAUUGCGAUUUUUGCGGAGCCCCCCGUCCCCUCGGCCGAAUAUCUCACGGCGCUUCGCGCCUGGUGAUGUGAGAGCCUGGUCCGGUGAGAACCCGGCGUGCUCCAUACCGGCUUUGUAGGGAUGCGAGGUCAAUGGUCUUAACGACUACGGCAUGCACGACUGUGAGUACACCCCCACCCCCUCCCCCGCGCAAGCCUGCAGCGGUCUACAUGUGUGUUCGUGUAUGCGUUCAUGCUUACUUUUUCGAUCGCCAUCGACCGCGCUUACAAUUUUUGUUUGGCACUACUGAGGUGACGGGUUCAGGUUCAGUGGGGACAACAGAACGAACAAGCUUUUUUAAGGGGGGGGGGAGCGGAGGGUUACUGCUUCGUAGCCUGCCCUUCUCUCGAACAGACUAUUUUUUACCAACCUUUCAAGCCCAAACGGGGCCCGCUGUUUGCUCCUAACAACAGAGAUGCCAAAAGCAAGUUUCAACGCGUGCGCGGUUUGUGACGCUUCCAAAAUGUGCGGGCUCUGGAUAGGCGGGGCAUCGAGAAGGUAGAGAACAGAGUUUUUUUGAGCUUUGUCGACAAGUACCAACGUUCGGAACGAAAUAAAUUUUGUGGUGUUGUCGGCGACGGGUUUGGGCUACACAUUGUAGGCGUAAGGGAGAAAUUGUUUUUUGUUCAUUGUGUCUAGUUCACUUGCUACACAGAAAGUGCUUGAGAAUCUCGUCAUACCCUGGAGUGUACUCUGUGGGUUUCAUCAGCAGGUGAGGUUGUCUGGGUCCGAUGAUUUCGAAGUGUGUUAUUAGCUCCCGCGUUCUCAUGUCCAGAUGCUUGAUGGAGUUGUGACAACGAAAGACGAGUGGUGGUUAACGUCUUCAACUCGGCAAGUGAACUCGACCCGCUCUUUCUUUUCUGGGGAUUCAAUGUUCCACUUGCUUCUGGGCUGGGUAGUGGGGAGCUGGACUAGAGGUGACGGGAUUUUGGCAGGCGGGGGGGGUUGUGGGCAGAAGAGGGAUUUGAUUGGUUAGAGCGCUUGAGUGUCGCUGCGCAUACCGUUGGUCUCUGAAUCUAUUUGUGGCCAACUUUGUUAUUGGUUGGUUUGAAGAGGCGGGGGAUAAUGCCCCAUGUACGUGUGGUGGACGUACACGCGCGCGAUUGUUGGUGCUUUACGCAGUCUUCCGGUUCACAGCCGGACGUUAUGUUCUUGUGGCGCGCUUCCUGUUGCGUUCUUACAUCGACAAGCCUUCUUGUUGGUAGGGCCUAGAGCCACAUCAUUACCAAUCAGUCAUCACUAUGUACAUUAUUCGCGAGUUUUUCCUGGGCGCCCGAUCAACGUAUAUACCAUUGCCACUCAUUUGUCAUGGUCCACGUUA